AUGCAUUCGUCACGCGCAGAGAGGCUGUUGGACCUGCUCAACGAUGAUAUUCUCGCCUUGCCCAUAGCUUCCUCGCCUCGCGUCGAUCCUGAACCUCACCAUAACGGCCAAAAAGAACUGACGCCCAGCGAGUGCGAAGGCUCACCAGAGCCCAACUCCAACGACAAGGCCCCCGUUUCCGUCGCGGAACAGAAAAUCGAAGCUCUUGCAGAAGCCCUUUCUCUCCGAGACCGCUCGCCCUCGCCCGACGGCUCCACAGUCUCUCACGAGCCCGACCGCUCCGAAAGCUCCCACGAACCCGACCCUCACGAGGACUCGCCGGCUGUCGAUUUGUGCCGUGGUGAUCUUGCUCCCUGGGGCGAAGCCUACGUCUCCAUCAAGGCCGCCAGCCAAUUUCCCUACAAGUUCUUGAAUCGUGCCUACUCCGACCAAGUUGCCAAGAAGUUCUUUGACCGCAAUCAGUUUUGGAGCAGAGACUGGGACCUGUACUACGUCUGGCCUCCUGCCGACCUCGCAAGCAAGCCACUCGUCCUCAUAACCCUCACGCAGUUCCAGCUCCUCGUUCAUGAAAUCAACCAAUACAAGCGCCACAUCGACUUCCAGCUGACCGACCACCACCGUGACUGCGGCCUAAUUCUCGAUAUUCCCCAUCGUGCCUUUACUCCACGCUAUCUCGGCUUCUCUUCAUCGCGUGACGAGUACAACGACAUGGAGCAGCACAGGGUGCCUCCGCCGAGCUACAAGGCUCCUGGUGAGCCUGCCCUCCCUUCUGCCGACAAGCCCACCAUCGAGGCCUACAAGGCUAUGAUCGAAGAGACCCUUCAGCUCAACAAGGCGAAAAGCAAAGCUGCCAAGGCGAAGCGCAAGGAACAGCGCAUCACUCAUCAGCAGAAUUGGGGUCGCCUGCUCAAGAGGACCCAACGCUACCUGGGCCUCCGCCCUGACAAGGGCGACGGCUAUAACCCGCUGGAGGACGCCACUCUCAACUGGGCCGACCUCCAAGCUGCCCAGGCCGCCCGCAAGCUACCUCCCGUCGACGCUGAGAAGCCGGCUCCCUUCCUCUUCGACAAGAAUGUAAUCUUCAUCAGCGUUGACAUUGAGGCCUUCGAGCUGGAUACCAGCAAGAUCACCGAGGUCGGAGUUGCUACCCUUGAUGUGCUGGACAUCAUCGACGUACCUCCCGGCAAGGACGCCAAAAACUGGUUCGACAAGAUACGGGCCCGCCACUUCCGUAUCCACGAACACGCUCACCUGGAGAACUACCGCCACGUCGCCGGCUGCGCUGGCAGCUUCGAGUUCGGCACGAGCGAAUUCGUGCGUCUCGCCGAAGCCCCGUCCAUCGUCGCCUCGUGCUUCCGGCCGCCCUUCUCCGCCGAGCUGACCCCCGCCGAAUCCCAGCGCCUCUGGUCCGCCAACGGCGACGAAAGCUCCUCCGCUGCCCAGCAUGACGACCCCUCCGUCGUCAACGCCGACGGCAAGCGCAAUCUCAUCUUCGUCGGCCACGAUCCCAACCAGGACGUUAAGUUCCUGCAGAAGCUAGGCUACAACCCGCUCAACCUGUCCAACCUGCUCGAAAUCAUCGACACCAAGCUCCUCCACCAGCACUGGAAGCGCGACCCGCAGGGCACAUCCCUCGGCAAGAUCCUGGCGGACCUCGACAUCGUCGGCUGGAAGCUGCACAACGGCGGCAACGACGCCGUCUACACGCUGCAAGCACUCCUCGCGCUCGCCGUCCGCGAAUCCACCGUCCGCGGCACCAAGGAGGUCGAGGAGCAGCGCAAGCAAGACCAGCAGAAGCGCAUGGCCGACGCCAUCGCCGACGCCGUCACGCGCAUCACCGACGACGCCGACGGUUGGAGCAGCGCCGGCGAGGGCGACGACGGCGGGAAUCCCAAACCCGUCAAUGGCACCACCACCGCAGAGAACCACAACAUCAAUGGCAGCGGUGGCGGUGGCGGUGUUCCGUACGUCCCGCCCCCCGGCCUCGAUAACCCCGCCGAGAGCGACUGCAUCUUCGUCGGCAACCUGCCUUACCGCGCUACGCCCGAGGACGUCGUGGCCUUCUUCGCCAAGUACGGCACCAUCACGGACGUACAUCUUCCCAUCAACCACGCCACCGGCCACACCAAGGGCGUCGCCUACGUCAGCUUCGGCUCUCCGGUCGAGGCGAAGAACGCGUUUGAGAAGAGUAAGGGCGCGGAGUUCUGGAGUCGUCCGAUCCGCGUGGAUAUGGCGCCGCCGAGGGAGAAGAAGGGUGGGAGGAGUGGCGGGAGCAACACUAAUGGCGGUGGUCCAAGGAGCCAGAGGUCGAGCAGGAGUGGUACGCCGGUUCCCAGGACGGGAAACGGUGCGGCGGUGAGGAUCACAGAUCCGGCGGCUCGUUCGGCGCUGCAGGGUAAGCGGCAGCAGAAUGGUGGGAUGGUUGAGGCUGAGAAUGGUGACCGUGGUGCUGGUGGAGGAAGUGCUGCUGAUGCGGACUUGCUCACUGGCCCGACGAAGCAGUACUCCAAGCAGGAGUUGCCGCACGAUUGGUGGUGA